GGGUAGUUGUUGCUGCUGCUGCUCUUGCUGCAGCCCGGGCUGUGUAGAGUUUAGCAGGUGUCAGCGGUCGGAUGGAUCAGGCACAGUCAGACCGGGAAUUGAGAGCGGAUUCCUGAAUUUUAGGGCCUGGGCAAAUGAUGGUAUGGCUUGUCUUUUCCGAAGGUCUAUAGCAGCGCAGCUUUCCAAAGUCCUGGGGACCUCUACAGAGAAGCUUAUUCCUAUGGUGUCAGCUGUUCCUGUCUCCAAAAAACAACAGACCCUAGAUUUUCGCAUAUCCGUGAACUCUGUGCUGGAGAAAGGCUGCCUAAGAUCGGGAUCAACUGUCCAGAGUCAAGCAAGGCAAUUGUCUGAGCAGUUAACUUGUGAUGAUGUAGUUACUGAGAUUGCUGUCGGGCAAGGAACCAUUAAUUUCAAAGUGAAUCGAUCCUUGCUUGCUGAGGUUGUGAUGCAAGAGAUUUCAAAGAAGGGUUCGAAAUAUGGAAUAGAGAGUGAACUCUUCCAAGGUUACCCCUGUGGCCGAGUUAUAGUGGAAUUUAGCUCACCAAAUAUUGCAAAGAAAUUUCAUGCAGGACAUUUGCGUUCAACAAUUAUAGGUAACUUCAUUGCUAAUAUAAAGCAAGCUUUGGGAAAUGAUGUGAUCAGGAUCAACUACCUUGGAGACUGGGGCAUGCAGUUUGGUUUGCUCGGAGCAGGAUUUCAGCUCUUUGGUUCAGAGGUGAAACUGAAAGCAAAUCCAUUACAACAUCUUUUUGAAGUUUAUGUUGAAGUGAACAAGAUGGCAGAAACCAAUGAAGACAUUCACAAAGCAGGGCAAGAGUUUUUCAAGAAACUAGAAGGAGGGGAUGAGCACGCCUUGAGAUUAUGGCAACAGUUUAGGUCGAUAAGCAUUGAAGAAUACAAAAAAAUUUAUCAGCGGCUUGGUGUGCAUUUUGAUGAGUAUUCUGGAGAAUCGUUCUACCAAGAAAAAACGCAGGAGAUUCUGUGGCUGCUGGAUCAGAAAGGACUACUCAAGAAAACAAUGCAAGGAACUGGAGUAGUAGAUCUUUCGCCAAACGGUGACCUCUCAGCUUAUGCCAAGGUGCUUCGCUCUGAUGGAACAACCCUUUACUUGACCAGAGAUAUUGCAGCUGCCUUAGAUCGAAUGGAGAAACAUAAUUUUGACCAAAUGAUUUAUGUGACAGAUAAAGAACAGUGUACCCAUUUUCAGCAGUUGUUUGGCGUACUGAAAAUCAUGGGCUACAACUGGACAGAACGAUGCCGGCAUGUUCCCUUUGGGUUAGUUAAAGGGAUGAAGACUCGGAAAGGAGAUGUUGUCUUUCUAGAAGAUGUUAUGAAUGAGGCCCGGUCCAGAAUGCUGCAAAACAUGGCUGCCUCAAAGACAACAAAGGAAUUGGAAGACCCUGAGGGUACGGCGGAGAAAGUGGGUGUGGCUGCACUUAUUAUUCAGGAUUUCAAAGGUCCCCUCUUGUCUGAUUAUGAAUUCGAUUGGGAUCGUGUCCUCCAAAGUCAUGGAGAUACUGGUGUAUUCUUACAAUACACGCAUGCAAGGCUGUGCAGUUUGCAGAGAACAUUUGAAAAUAGAAUAGAGGAGCAGUUCAACCCUGCGUGUUUACAAGAUCCUCAGGCAAUUGCACUGCUGCAGCACCUCCUCAGGUAUGAUGAAGUUCUAUUCCAAGUUUCAGAGGACCUCCAACCAAAACCUCUUGUAAACUACCUGAUAAUGUUGAGCCGUCUUGCUUCUAUAGCUCACAGAACUCUGCACGUCAAAGGCAGCUUAUCUGAAGUAGCAAUGGCGAGGUAUCUACUUUUCAAGGGAACUGCUUCUGUCUUGGCCAAUGGAAUGAAGCUACUCGGUAUAACUCCAGUGGAGAAGAUGUGAUGUAGCAUCUGCUUUUAUAUUCCUAACCAAUUUAAUGGCUCUACUCAACAUUUAAGUAAAGAUGUGACUAAACCCACAUGUUUACAAUAGCUAAUUAAACCCAAAGUAAACUUCGUUUCUAGCUGAGUACCCAUCAGGAAGAAAAAAAGAUGGUAGACUAAAAUGCCCUGGUGCCAUAGUCAGUGGAGAGCAGGAAUUCCUCUAAAUCAACUCCACAAGUGAUGAAUGGCCUAGCAGCCAGAGAAGAGAAAAAUGAAGAGCUGAAGAAAAGCUGUCUGGUUUCUGACAGCCUACUUUUAUAGAACGGAGAUCAUGAGAAAUUGCUGCCGGCUUAUCUGAGUGUGGUCACUUAAGUCGGAAGAAAUGAAUUGUAUUAUUUAAGAGAGAAAUUGCAGAACAUUGUAGUAUGGAGGGAUUUGAGUAUCCUAGGACACUGAUGUCAAAUUGUUAAUAUGCAAGUAAUUCAGAAUGUUGUUUAUUGCAAGGACAAUGAGAUAAGAGUAGCGAACUUUAUUGCAAUUGUCUAAGCCACAGAUGGAAUAUGCACAUAGUGCUCUACAACUCUUAAGGAAGGGUAUAAUUGCAUUGGAAGUGGGUCAGCGAAGAUUCAGUUUACUGAUUCCAGUGGUAAAAGAGCACUUUUUAUCUCAAAGUUGAACAGGUCCAGUCUUUAUCCAUUGGAAUUUAGAAGAAUGAGAAAUAUGCUUAUUGAAACAUACCAGAUCCUAAGGGAACUUGCCAGCAUGGAACCUGAAAGGAUGUUACUCUCUGUUGGAGACCCAGUUUAAAACCAACAGGUAUCCCAUUCCUGACAUAGGGAAGAAUUUUCUGAGGAUCAUGAGUUUGCCAAAUUCUCUUCCCCAGAGAGCAUUGAAGGCAGAGUAAUUGAAAUUUUAAACAAAUAAUUAGACAGGUUCUUGAUUCAUAUGUCUGGUCAUAUCCUCCUCAUUACUUGGUUUCCAAGUUAUGUUUGCACCACUAACCUAUUUGACCACAAUACAGACCGUCCUUUCAUCUGAACCAUUAACAUAGAUCAGAAACAUUAUGGAAUUCAACUAUGAGAUUAUGUUUAAUAAUUCAAUUUAAUCUCCUAGAUGGGACAGUCAAGCUUUUUUGUAAUGUUACGCAUUACUAGGCUGAGGACAGGUAGAUUAUAUGUGAUGGGAACAGUGAGAUCUUGAAUGUUCAGUCAGUGCUGAGCUCAAUGAGUAGCUAAUUUUAAAAAGCCCUUGAAUUACCCUUUCAAUUCUCCCCAUCGACACACCAGCUGUCAGAACUAGACUUCUACCCUGGAGGGGAAAUAUGGUCAAAUCAGCCUGAAAAUGUUUAGGCAACAUCUGAGGAAAGGGUUGUCUUGUAAUUAGUGUGAUUAGAGUUACUAUCCAAGAUACCACUGUCAUGCACUCCUCCACAAACAAAGCACAUCUGCUUUAAUUUAGUGGUCAUGUUUGGGACCUUCUGUGAAAGUCCCAGUAUGUCACAAAACUAGUUUUUAUUGUGGUAAUUAUCCAUUUGAAUUGAUUGAAAAUGUUGCUCAUAAUAAAAACUGUCAGUGAGGAGAAUCAUUUUUCAUUUGGAUCUGCAACCUGUACUUUGGUAUUAAGGAAAACAGCAUGUUUGCACAUUGUAAUCCAAGUGGCUAUAAAAAUAGCUGGUGCGGAUAAUAGCUACACCUCUCUCUCUUGUGGAAUUAAGACUGAAUAAAAAGAGGUUUUAUUCUGCAUCUGGCUAUCCUAUUGCUGAUCUGGAAGUACAAAAUGGGAGGGGGUGGAAAAGAGUCCAUGCUAAUUGAAAAGAGAUAAAAUGAGUUGUAAAUUGCCUCUAAGCAGUAAUUUGCCAAUAAGUCACAAAAAGAAGUUAAAUGCAGUAUUUUUGCUCACUCCAAUCCAAGCGAAUAGUUGAAGCACACUUCAACAUGAAAAUGCUAACAUUUCUCUGGUGUUACAUCCAAUGAUAGUGAAUGCACUGAGCCAAGCACAUGAGCAUCCAUGCAGAUAACCAUUUGAACUUUCAUAAUUUAGCAAUUUUCAAGCUUAUCUUCCAUGAAAGAACAAUCUCUGAGCCAGAGCAAAGCUAGAGCCACAGUGCACCAUUUAAUUGUAAACUAGCUUGCUUGGAGACCAGUCAAACAGGAUUGCUGACAAUGAUAUACACCACAUAUCAGUAAUUAUCUCAUCAGUAACCCUGGCCCAAAGUAGAACAAACAGACUAAGAUUUGAACUGUUCACAACAAUGAGUUUGUGUGUUUCAGGUUUGCUAGUGCUGCUUGGCUGGUUUUGUACACUUUGCAGUAGUCAUAGAGAUUACUGUAUUUGACUGCAAACUAUUAAAGAAGUUCAAACUAAGAA